AUGUCUACCUUUGAGCCAGUUGUUGUUAUUGACGGUAAGGGCCACUUGGUGGGUCGUUUGGCUUCCAUUGUUGCCAAGCAACUAUUGGAAGGUCAAAAGAUCGUGGUUGUGAGAGCUGAAGCUUUGAACAUCUCUGGUGAAUUCUUCAGAAACAUGUUGAAAUACCACGACUACUUGAGAAAGGCUACUGCUUUCAACAAGAACCGUGGUCCAUUCCACUUCAAGGCUCCAUCAAGAAUCUUCUACAAGGCCGUUCGUGGUAUGGUUGCUCACAAGACCGCUCGUGGUAAGGCCGCUAUGGAACGUCUCAAGGUUUUCGAAGGUAUCCCACCUCCAUAUGACAAGAAGAAGAGAGUUGUGGUUCCUCACGCUUUGAGAGUUUUGAGAUUGAAGCCAGGUAGAAAGUACACUAACUUGGGUCAAUUGGCUACCUCUGUCGGCUGGAAAUACGAAAACAUCGUUUCCAAGUUGGAAGAAAAGAGAAAGGUUAGAUCUGCUGAAUACUACGCCAAGAAGAAGGCUUUUACCAAGAAGGUCGCUACCGCUAAGGCUGCUACUUCUGAAACUGAAGCCGCCAAGAAGUUGGCUGCUCUCGGUUACUAA